AUCGUUAAUCGAACCGAACCAACGCAGAGCGCAAGCUUUUGGGGGCGAACCCUAAGUGGGAAUUGUUUAGCCCGUUUAAUUAAACAACUGUACAAGCUGAUUCGAACGUGCGAUCGCAAGAACAAUCACCGUUGUAGACGAUUAUUGUGCAGCUUUAGUGUUCGAAGCAGAGGUCGUUCACAAUGCAUCCGGUGGUACAAUUCCGGCUGCCAUUGGCGUGUCCUGCCCGGAUCCGGUUACUGCUGGCGUUGCUGGUGUUCGGAAACGUUUGGCUCACCGCCGUAGGUACGCAACGGACCGUCUAUCGGGCCGGUGACGAAAUUGUGACGAUAACGCGCACAAAAGUCGACCCGUCCACGGCUACGUCCCCUGGCUACUCGUACUAUACGUACACUGCCACCAAUCCUCAGCCCGAAAUCGUGUACUACACGAAUGCGCAAGGGAUCACGACCAGGCAGUAUCAGACCACCCCCGGAUCGGUGGGAGCCAUAAAUCGGCGCAUUGCCUACGAUGACGGAACUGCGACGGAAGGGCAAGGAUGUUUGCGCAGUCCGUGUGGUGUAGGUGCCAUGUGUCAGGAGACGGCCGGUGGACGUCCGGUUUGUUCCUGCCCCGCCGGUUACAGUGGCAAUCCGCUCGUCCAAUGCCGACGGGCCGAAUGUCUUGAUCAUUCGGAAUGCCGUGGUGAUCAGGCCUGCCGUAACGGGAACUGCGUCAAUCCGUGUGCGGGCGUAUGCGGAAUCAAUGCCAACUGUGAGGUACGCAACCACGUGCCGGUGUGUAGCUGCCCCCGUGGCAGAACCGGUGAUCCCUUCAGCAGCUGCCGUUUGCAGGACCCCGAGGAACUAUGCCGUCCAAGUCCCUGCGGAUCAAACACCAAGUGUGACGUGAUCAACGGUGUUCCGACCUGUUCCUGUUUGCCUGGAUAUAUUGGCUCUCCACUGUCCGGCUGUCGGCACGAGUGUGAAUCGGAUGUAGAAUGUAGCUCCAAUCAGCACUGUAGCCAGUUCAAGUGCGUCAACGGAUGUAAUCAGUGUGGCAAAGGUGCAACCUGUGCCCGGGUGACGAACCAUCGGGCAGUCUGCGAAUGCCCGAAAGGGUAUAUUGGUAGCCCGUUCAGUGAGUGUCGGCCGGAAUGUUUUGGCGAUCGGGAUUGUCCAGCUGGUCGACCGGCAUGUAUCUACGGUAUUUGCAAAAAUCCAUGCGAAGGUGCGUGCGGUGUAAAUGCCGACUGUAAUCUGCGCGGUUUGACGCCGGUCUGCAGUUGUCCGCGUGAUAUGACUGGCGAUCCGUUUAUCAGCUGUCGUCCAUUCACGAAGGAAGAUCUGUGCAGUCCGAAUCCGUGUGGUACGAAUGCUGUCUGUACGCCCGGGUACGAUCGAAGCAACCAGGAACGGCCUGUAUGCACCUGUCCGGCCGGUUAUACCGGGAAUGCACUGACCAGCUGUGUUCGUGGUGAAUGCCAAAAUGAUGGAGAAUGUUCCGAUCACAAGGCUUGCAUUGCGUACCAGUGUGUGGAUCCUUGCAUUGGACAGUGUGGUGUUGGUGCACAGUGUCAGGCGAAGCGCCAUCUUGCCGUCUGUACCUGUCCAGCGGGAACACAGGGUGAUGCGCUCGUAUCGUGCCGUACCGCGCGUAACUAUCCGGUUGCCCGUUAUAACAAGAAGCGCAAUGCAGUACCCUAACGUGCCAGUUGGUCAAUCCGAGUACAACCCCCGUACUGUACAUCUUAAACCAUUAAAAUGUUUCACGUUCAGUGCAAGAAGCCGGAAGCAGGACGCCUCAACUAGUCGUUGAAACGAACCGAUCGCCAGCUCCAACCUUAACUUAUUGAAUUUUCACCUUUACGCUGCUUUCUUCACCUGUUAGCUUAACUGUUGUGAAUAGUUUUAACUACCGAUAGCGAACCGAUAAGCGAACGAUCACGGUAACAAAUUUGUGAACAUAACAGAAAUGUGUGAAGUGUUUUGAAAAUGUAAUUCAAACAGAAUGUACAGCGAAAGUACAAUUUAAAAUUUCUUCGAGUUUUUUUUGUUAAAUUUCACACGCUUAAAAUGAAAUAAACUCCAAUUUUUAAAUAAAA